GGUAUUUAAAAGCAGCGCAUGUUAUAAAAAACGAACGCUGCAAAAACCAGAAAAUGUCAUUUUAAAUAAAACUCAAACAAAUACCACCUAAAAAACAACACAGAGCAUGAUUUUCAAAUUAUCCAUAAAAAAUACCGUUUUAACGGUUUAUUAUAUACUCUUAAUGGAUUUAGUCCAUGGCAACGAUUCAGAUGAUAUAGGAAAAUAUAAUGUGGGCGGUGUUUUAGGCGAUUAUGGUAGUGAAACACAUUUCAAAGAUACUAUAUCGCAUCUUAAUUUUGUUGAAAACAAUAAAGCUAAUCGAAAUGUGACGUAUUAUGGUAAAACCAUAAGAAUGGAUAAGAAUCCGAUUAAGACGGUAUUUAAUGUUUGUGACAAAUUAAUUGAUAAAAGGGUUUAUGCAGUAGUUGUAUCGCAUGAACAAACCUCCGGUGAUUUGUCACCAGCUGCCGUUAGCUAUACAAGUGGUUUCUUUCAAAUACCCGUUAUAGGUAUUUCGUCACGUGAUGCGGCCUUCUCCGAUAAAAAUAUUCAUGUUUCCUUUUUGCGCACCGUGCCACCAUACUAUCAUCAGGCUGAUGUUUGGUUGGAAAUGUUAAAUCAUUUUAGUUAUACAAAGGUAAUUAUAAUACACAGUUCGGAUACAGAUGGUCGUGCCAUAUUGGGUAGAUUUCAAACCACCUCCCAGAACUAUUACGAUGACAUCGAUGUUAGAGCCACUGUGGAAAUGAUUGUGGAAUUUGAGCCAAAAUUAGAAAGUUUUGCUGAACAUUUGAUUGAUAUGAAAACAGCACAGAGUCGUGUGUAUUUGGUUUAUGCGAGCACUGAAGAUGCCCAAGUGAUUUUCCGUGAUGCUGCUAUCUACAACAUGACUGAGGGUGGUCAUGUUUGGAUUGUCACUGAACAAGCCUUAAGUGCCAAUAAUACACCAGAUGGUGUUUUGGGUCUACAACUGGAGCAUGUUAAUAGUGAUAAAAGACAUAUAAGGGAUUCAGUUUACGUUUUGGCUUCAGCUAUUAAGGAAAUGAUGAAAAAUGAAACACUUACCGAACCACCAAAGAAUUGUGAUGAUUCGGGUGUUAAUUGGGAAUCAGGAAAACGUCUUUUUCACUACCUCAGAACCCGUAAUAUAACAGGAGAAACCGGUCAGGUGGCAUUCGAUGAUAAUGGUGAUCGUAUAUAUGCCGGUUAUGAUGUAAUCAAUAUUAGACCCAAACAAAAGAAACAAGUUGUAGGAAAGUUCUAUUAUGAUCCGGAUAAAGGUAUGAUGCGCUUGACCAUCAAUGAUAGUCAAAUUAUAUGGCCAGGAAAAGAGAGAAAGAAACCGGAAGGUAUAAUGAUACCCACACAUUUAAAAGUGCUGACCAUAGAAGAGAAACCAUUUGUCUAUGUAAGACGUUUAACAGAUGAUGAGGUAAAUUGUGCAGAAGAGGAGGUGCCUUGUCCUUUAUUCAAUACCAGUAAUGGAGUGGAAAACGAUUACUGUUGCCGUGGCUAUUGUAUAGAUCUACUUAAAGCCUUAUCACAUCGCAUAAAUUUUACCUAUGAAUUGGGUCUUUCCCCCGAUGGACAAUUUGGUCAUUAUAUAUUAAAAAAUUCCACUACCGGCACCAUGUCCUCUGACGAAAAAGAAUGGACAGGUUUAAUUGGCGAACUGGUGAAUGAACGAGCCGACAUGAUUGUAGCACCACUAACCAUUAAUCCAGAGCGUGCCGAAUAUAUAGAAUUUUCGAAACCUUUCAAAUAUCAAGGCAUUACAAUACUCGAAAAGAAACCAUCACGUUCGAGUACUUUAGUGUCUUUCUUGCAACCAUUUAGUAACACGCUUUGGAUAUUGGUAAUGGUGUCGGUACAUGUAGUGGCUCUAGUUCUCUAUUUGCUGGAUAGAUUUUCUCCAUUUGGACGUUUUAAACUUUCUCAUGUUGAUAGUCAUGAAGAGAAGGCUUUAAAUUUAAGUUCGGCCAUCUGGUUUGCCUGGGGUGUUCUGCUGAACAGUGGCAUAGGUGAGGGCACACCACGCAGUUUUUCGGCUCGUGUUUUGGGCAUGGUUUGGGCUGGUUUUGCUAUGAUCAUUGUUGCUUCGUAUACUGCCAACUUGGCCGCUUUCCUCGUGUUGGAGCGCCCGAAAACAAAAUUGAGUGGUAUUAACGAUGCUCGUUUACGUAAUACCAUGGAAAAUUUGACCUGCGCCACAGUAAAGGGCUCUUCGGUCGAUAUGUAUUUUAGACGUCAGGUGGAGUUAUCGAAUAUGUAUCGUACCAUGGAGGCGAAUAACUAUGAUACUGCUGAGAAGGCCAUAGAGGAUGUUAAGAAGGGCAAAUUGAUGGCUUUUAUAUGGGACUCUUCACGUUUGGAGUACGAAGCCUCUAAAGAUUGUGAAUUGGUUACGGCAGGAGAGCUAUUUGGUCGCAGUGGUUAUGGCAUUGGUUUGCAAAAAGGUUCUCCUUGGACGGAUGCUGUAACUUUAACGAUUUUGGAGUUUCAUGAAAGCGGUUUCAUGGAGGCUCUAGAUAAGGCUUGGAUUUCCAUGGGAAUGCCCAGCAAUUGAACAAUUUGAAAAGACGCCCAAUUACUUUGGGUUUUAAAGAAUAUGGCGGGGUGUUUCAUAUUAGUGGCAGCAGGCGUAGCAAUAGGAGUUGGUCUGUUAUAAUCGAGGGUGAUAUACAAACGACAUCAAGUGAAAAAAACAAAAACGAAAUGGAUUAUAGCCAGACAUGCUGCCGCUAAAUGGAGAGGAACCAUAGAGAAACGCAAAACCAUUCGCACUUCCCUGGCCAUGCAGCGACAAUAUAAUGUGGGUCUAAAUGCUAACCCCGGAACCAUUAGCUAUUCGGUGGACAAAAGACGUUAUCAUCGUUUAGGACCUAGAGCACCUGAAAAUGCUUGGAUAGGUGAUCACAAUGAUAUGUUAAGAAAUCGCCGUUACUUAGAUCCUUCCAAACCUAAACAUUCACCCAAGGUACAUGGACCCCUAUUGGGUAGAAUUAAACAACAACCGGGUAAUUUAAUGCCACCGAAAUAUUCACCAGGUUAUACAAGUGAUGUCUCACAUUUGGUAGUUUAAGAAGGGAUAGACAAACAGUAAGAAAUUGUUACAAAUUUGAAACCAAAGAUUUAAAUUGAAAAUUGUUUUAUUACUUUGUAAGAGAAAUUAAUGAAAAUUUGUUAGAAUUUAAAGCAAAAACAAAUUAGCAAAAUUUUUUAAAACCUAAAUUAAAAAGUUAAAAGAUUAUAAAUGUAUAUUUAAUGUUAUUUAUUAAUAAUUAAACAUGUGUUUAGGAAGUUAUAAAAAACAACCACCUAGAAAGACAAAUUUUGUAAAGAAACAGGGUACGGAAAGAAUUUUCUUAAAUUUGAUUAAAAUUUAGAAUAAAUCAGGAUGUGAAUUGGGUUAAAAGCUUAAACUUGGCCAAUUUGCGGAAACUAGAACAUAACAAGUUUUCUUAUAAAAAACUUUUCCUAGAAUAGUGGGUUUCAAAGU